AAUAUAUUGGGAACACAUAAGCUUCAGAUAACUAUCGGCUAAGUUAAGACACCGAUAGCCUUUUGUAACACUCACGCGACCUAUCGCUUAUCGAUAUCCUUCUCAGCUGUCUACAAAAAGAAAACAAAAAAAGACGACAUAAACAACACUAUGAAAAAUUGACAAUUUUACGAUGUUUAUGUUUCGAAAUUGCGCCGUACUGCUGGUGAUCGGCUCCGUCUGCUGCUUCAUCUUCGGCCUGUUCCACCUGUACGCGGAGGUGGAGCCAAAUGCCUGCCGGAUGACCUAUAUGUUCAGCGAGCCAUUGUUUGCCCCUGUUGGAGUAAAGAAUGGUGACCGGUACCCAAACUACGGCCUGUACUAUUACUACGAAGGCCUGCGACAGCCGGUGGACCCGCUGAAACGCAAGAUGACUGGAGCGCCGGUUAUUUUCAUUCCCGGCAACGCCGGCUCCUAUAAGCAAGUACGCUCCCUGGGCUCCGUGGCCCUGAGAAAAGCCAUGUCCGAUGAUGCCGGCAUCCGUUUGGAUUACUACACCAUCGACUUUGACGAGGAGUUGUCCGCACUCUACGGCGGCUACCUCCACCGGCAGCUGAGCUACCUGAAACUCUGCGUCCGCACCAUUCUAUCUAUUUACGAGGACCGCACCGAGCAGCCAUCGAUCGUUCUCAUUGGCCACUCCAUGGGCGGCAAGCUGGCGCAGUCGGUGCUAGUGGACCCGGCUAUUGGCCAGCACAUCAAUACGAUCAUCAGCAUCUCUACGCCCUUGGACAAGCCGGUGCUUAAUUUAGACGGGCAGCUGGAGACCUUCUAUGCCCAGACGGACGACGUACUGGAAAAGCUGCGCACUGCCACGGUGCCCACCAGUACGACCAACGUGUGUGAAAGCCUGCACCAGCGACCGCCGAGUGUGGUGCGAAUGGCCAGCCAGGAGAGCUCGGCGCGACUGGACAAUGUGCUGCUCAUUUCCACGGGCGGCGGCAAUAGGGAUCUACUUGUACGACCUGGGCUCACCACCUCCCGGUUCAACGAUUUGCACGCAAUGACCUCGGCAAUUCCGCGGGUGAGUCUCAGCUGCGACCACUUGUCCGCCGUGUGGUGCCUGCAGUUCAUGCAGGCCAUCAACCGCUUCCUGUUCAGUAUUGCCCACGUCCGCGAUGACCGCUCAUCGGUGGUUUUCGGCACCAACAAGCAGCGUAAUCUGCAGUCAGCCCUGGCCCACUUUGUGAAACCGAGAAGGCGUCAACAGAGCACUGUACACUUGGGAGUCAUUGGCAGCUGGCACGAAGAGAAGCGCCUGGUGAUCAACAAGUUCUUCACCAAUGGCCUGAAGGGCAUCUACUAUGAUCUAAUUGGACUGCAGCGCCAGGAGCGGUACAAGAAGAUGGCCAUCGAAGCAUUGAAUGUGGACGAUGAUGACUGGUUAUUUGGCUGCGCCGCCGAAGAGCACCACAAGACGGGGCAACUUUACUGCGAAAAGGCCACCUCGCUGAUGCAUCUCGUACAGCGAUUGCCCAAUGAAGAUCACGAUCCGCGCAGCAUUGCUAUUUUGGAUCUGCACAACCUGCGAAAGACCUACCUGCAGUGGACUCAUGUGGUGGUGCGUCUGCCGCCCAGUCAACGACGAACCGGCUACAAUCUGGACAUCUACGAUCCCAAAGAGCGGGUAUCAGACAUACGAAUGCCCCGCUGGUAUACCAUGGCCCGCCUGCCGCUGAUCAAUGAGACGCUCCAGGGCACGCUGCAUCAUCGCAUUCGCAUCGCUGAGAUGGUGGAUCCCUAUCAGAGCAUUCGGGUGAUUGUGGAGCCGCUGCAGUGCAUAAAUCCGGAAUAUCGAGUGACCGCCAGGCUGUGUGUCCCCUGGGCAGCAGGCUUUGAGCGCUACCAGACAUUGAAAUCGGUGGACCAGAAGCCGCAGCUGUUCGCCAAUGUGCCGACGCUGGUGCCGAGGCAUUACAAUACCACGCUGAACCCGGUGACACUCGAUCUGUAUCUGGAUCCCGUGUGUCGGUAUCGGAUCAGCUACGAGUACUCCUAUGCCUCGGCUCUAUCCCGCCUGGUGCUGGAGUUCUACGGCUGGCUGCCCGCCCACCUAGCCUGCGUCCUGUUAAUCGUGCUGAGAAAGCAGGUCCAGCUGUUUCACGAGGUGGGAAGCUUCCGCAGCCUACGUCCCUAUGUCGGCUAUCUGCAGUACACCUCCCUUUAUGUGGUCACAGGCUGUCGCCUGCUGAAGAAACUGAUCAUUACAAGCCGGAUCUUGCCAGAACCAGAGAAUCUGGACUAUAGCAUCAAUGUGUCCAUUGUUAUCCACUGCGCGGCUAUGGCCCUGUCCCUCUUGGCCACUCUGUGCACCUGGCUGGCUCUGACGCUCUACGGCAAUGCCUUCUACCGCGUUGCCCUGCGGCUCACCCGGCUAUCGCAGGCCAGCUCCAACAUAAUGAUCUCGAUAAUGACCAAUUUGCCGAUCACGUAUGGCAUCCUGACCAUUGCCACGGCCGUGGGCUCGUGUAGCGGUAUAGCCUUGCUCUUGGCCUUUGUUUUCUACUUUCUGAUCCUGUCGAAUGCCUACAAGGAUUAUCUGGAGGAUUUCCUGUGGCAGAAGGCGGCCAAUCUGGUGCGAGGAAAGCCGGCGGCAGUGGCUCAGGAUGAUGUGACAGAAGGAGAACAGAAACGAAAUGAAGAUCAGCUGCAAGAGAAGGAAGGGAAUGAGGAGAAUGAGGAGGAGGAGGAACAGAAAGGCGAGGAAUCGGAGCCUUGCCUGGGCCUUCAAAACUUUUCCUUUCAUGUCACCCUGCUCCUGAUGCUGCUCAUGAAACUUCUGCUCAAUGCUCCCAGUAGCUUAGCCUGGCUGCGCAGUCGCCGCCACGGAAUAGCGCUCCCAGAUCCGAAUCUGUAUACCAGCAUUGUGGUCUUAGGCUCUCUCAGCCUGCUUUUGCAAUUGCGAGCGCCUCAAAAAUGCUCCGGCUACUGGAUGCUUUCCAUCGUGCUGUACUUCCUGGCCGGCAUUGUGCUGCUGUACUGUCAGGCCGCCAUCUACAGGCUGAACUAUGUGCUGGCCGCCGCAUUCGCUCUGCUGGCGUUGCACCAAAGUCUUUGGAUACUUUGGCGUCGUGUUGCUGGAAUCUAGUCUCAUUUCUCUGUUCUCCAUGUGUUAAUUUGUUAUUUAUUGCUAUGGAUUAGUCAAUUCAGCCCCUCCUCGCGUAUUGCGCAAGAGAUCACGUCUGCUUGGUGCAUAUAAGCCAAAAUCCAGAUCCAGAUCGAGAUCUGCGUCCUAACGGGAAGUCCAAAACUGGGCACAUGCACGGAAUGGGCGUUGCUCUCGUGCGUAAUGCACGUAUUAAUUGUUUUUUACGCCUACCCGCGAGACGGCGCUUUUGGUCAUCAUCGUUUGUAUAUCGUCCAUACAGGUGGCAGUCACGACAACAAUCUCCAUUUGAGUGAAAUGUGUGAAAAUGCCAUAAGCACCAACACGCCAGCCGUUACACUAGUAAUUUCCUUUUAGCCACAAAAGACCAAAGACUUAACUAAUAGUCGAUAUAUAUUUAUUUUGUUUACUGUCAGACUUAUUUGUUGAUUAUUGUAGUGUCUUUGCAUAAAAUUCUCUGUUCAAAAUCAA